AUGUCGCUCUGCUCUUAUCCUGCUCUAUCAGAGGCUAGUGCCAAGGGCCGGCUGGCAGCUCUGAAUAGCAAACUGACCUCACUGGAACGACAGCUGACCUACUUGGAAGCUCAGGUGCUCUCUGCUGGUGGGGCAGGCGGGAGUGUUGGGGCGGGUGAACCUUCUGGAUCUGGUGGGAUUCCAGGGACAGCACAACCAGCCGGCGGCAUGGACGAAGGCCGGAGGCUAGCUCCGCCGGGAAGCGUUGCUCCGCCGGAUGAGCGUGUUAUUCCCGCGUCGCGGAGACCGGACGGAACAAUGCGGAAAGAGAUUCGUGUGCGCGCAGGAUAUGUUGCGCAGGAGGAGGUGGCGACUUACGUAGCCCGAGGAUCACGUCCCAAGGGUAGUGGCCCAGAGCUUCCUCCCGGUAUGGACCCAGAACUGGCUGCGGAGAUGCAAAAGAAAAAAGCAGCUGCAGCAAAGAAGAAGAAAAAAGCCCAGGGAGCUGGAGGAGGUGCCAGUUCGGCUGCUGGUGCCUCCAACAGGAGAAGCUCAGUCCAACAAGAAGCUAACAGUCAGCUUGCAGAGGCUAUGGAUGAGCUCACUGUUUCCGGAGCAGAUAAGCAUGGAGGGGGUGCAAGUAGCAGAGCAGACUCAACUCAGUCUGGAUCGGAUGGCUCAGUUGGUGGUAAAGCUGAGAUUGAAAAGAAGAUACGUGCCCUGAAAAAGAAGAUCCGCCAGGCAGAAGCACUGGAAUCAGCUGAAAAUCUGUCUCCUGAGCAAGUGGAGAAGCUUAAAAAGCUUUCGGAUUGGCGCUCAGAGGUUGAAGCAAUGGAGCAACAGUUAGCCAGCAUGUAG